AUGUUCCUGAGAAAAUAUUUUAUAUCUAAAGCUAAUUGUACAAGAAGGCUACUGCAAGUAGAUUAUGGUUUACACUUUUUUCAAAAUCAAUCUCUGCAAUCAAAGUUCUAUCACAAUCAUGAUGUGUCAACCCAUAUAAGCAAACAUGAAUUUUUCGCCAGACACAGUAACUUGUCAUAUCUUUACUCUUCAUACCUUAUAACAGUACAUAGGAGAAAUUAUUCAAAUGGUUUACUGGAUGGAGAAAUUUCAGCAUUAAAAAAAACCCAGCAUGAAAAGGAAUUAAAAAGGAUAUCUGAACUAUUUCCACAACCUAGAGUGACACUCAAUGAACUAAAUAGCAAGACACCUGAGAGAGUAUUUGAAAUACUCUACAAGCAAAAUGUGGUUGCUCCGAAGGGUGGUAGGAAGAAAAUCACACACAACAAUGACUGGACAUGCACAUACAAAUUUAUUUGGCCAGAAAAGAUACAGUUUGAGAGUACCGCAAUCUCCAAACGUCAAGCAGCUGAAAAAUCUGCAACCCAAGCUUUACAUUGGCUGUACAUAAACAAGCGCAUAGACAAUAAAGGCAAUCCAAUUUAUGAUAAGAAAGUAUUAGAUGAAAUAAGAAGUACUAUCAAUGAACCACUACAUGCGGCAAUCAGUGAAAACUCUGUAGAACGAAUUGAUAGGAUAUGGAACGACUAUGAGACUAAUAUCAAACACAUCUAUGAAAAAACUUUCGCUGAAGCAAAACACAGACUUUUGGCGACAACUACCUCUUUAAAGAAGGAUUCAACCAUUGACCUGGAAGAUCAAUCCGAGGACCCCCUAGAAUCUCAGAUUGAAGAUGAUAGGAGUUUAUCAGACACGAAGACGCACGUCAAUCCAGUUUGCGGUCGUGUAUUAAACCCACCUUCUGAAUCCGCUUUGGCGAGACGUGACAAAACUCUGAGGCAAAAGUUCAAGAACUACGAAGAGCAACUCGCCCCUCUGCCAAUAGACGGUUACGCAGAGGAAAUAACAACGAGACUGAACGACUCCCGCGUCUUGGUAAUAGUGGGGGCCGCUGGUUGUGGGAAGUCAACACGGGUGCCGGCGAUGGUCCUGCGCCAAUGGGGUUCGUCGGUGACUGCAAUGGUAUCUGAGCCAAGACGGGUGGCGGCGAUAGGGCUGGCCGAGAGGGUGGCAGACGAAUUGGGCGAGGAGACAGGGGAAUCGAUAGGCUACCAAGUCCGUCUACACUCCAAGUUGCCUCGACCCACCAGUGGCAUUGUCCUGUAUUGUACGUCGGGAGUUCUGUUGCGAAGGUUACAACUGAAUCCAGGUUUGGAAGGGUGCUCCCACGUGUUCAUAGACGAGGCACACGAACGUGACGUCAACACUGACGUCACUCUGUUGCUGCUUAAACGGGCUCUCGAAAUCAAUCCGACACUGAAAGUUAUCAUAAUGAGUGCAACUCUAGACACGGAGGUAUUCACGAAAUACUUCGACGCGUGCCAAUUGGUCGAAGUGCCUGGGCGCACGUUCCCAGUGAAAGUGUCCCAUCUAGAGGAAAUCCAGAAGAGGUACCGUUUGAAUCUGCCAAUGACCAUUCAAAACUCCACCAAGGAAGAUGGCAGACCGCAUAUCAACUGUCAAGAAGUCGCGGAAGUGGUGAAAGCGGUGGACAGGUCUGAGCCGGAGGGCGCCAUACUGGUUUUCCUCCCCGGCUGGUCGGAGAUAAAACUUGUGAAGACGAUACUCGAGGAGUCUUUCGCUAAUUCAUGCCAACAUAUGGUUGUGCCGGUGCAUUCGAGGCUGUCCACCGCUGAGCAGACGAGAAUGUUCGAGAAGCCCACGCCCGGCGUCAGGAAGGUGGUGCUGGCUACGAACAUAGCAGAGACCUCUAUAACCAUACCCGACGUCGUGUAUGUGAUCGACACUGGGUCCCACAAGGAGAACAGAACUAAGGAAGGCACCGGGACGGCGAGCUUGGAAACUGUUUGGGUUUCUCGGGCUGGUGCUAAGCAGAGGGCUGGCAGAGCUGGGAGGGUGCAACCAGGUCAAUGCUUCAGGAUGUACACGAAAGAGAGGGAAGACAGUUUCGUUGAUCACACAACACCGGAGAUUUUGAGGAUACCUCUGGUGCAGACCGUACUGGAUUGUAAGACUUAUUCACCAGACGAUAAGGUCGAGAAUUUCCUGUCACAACUGCCUGACCCCCCUAGCGGGAAGAAUGUGCAGUUGGCGGUCAGCGAUCUGAUCGAUUUAGGGGCCCUCUCUCAGUCCGAGGGUCUGACCCGCUUGGGCUCCCUGCUGGCGGGGAUGACCCUCCACCCCCGGCUGGGCUGCUGCCUCCUCUACUCCGCGGUGUUGGGCAACACCGUAGCGAUGGCUAACGUCGUCUCGCACUGUUCCGACAACGUGGAACUGUUCGCCAACGCCCCCGACAGGAGGGAAGAGAUCCGCGAGAUCAAGCGCCGCUUCAACGAGACAUCGGACCACGCUGCGCUGCACUGGAUCCAGGAGGAGUUCGAGAGGAGAACGGACGGGAGGGGCAGGGAGGGGGCGAGGGCGUGGUGCGACGAGCUCGGCCUGCGCGCCGACAGGCUCGGCUACGUGAGAUCGGUGUCCAACCUCCACCUGCAGCAGCUGCUGACGUCGGGCUUCGUGGAGCGGGACCCUGACGUGGAGGAGCUGAACCGGUUCUCCGACGUGGACGAGCUGACGGCGGCGACCCUGCUGGCGGGCGCCAACUCCUUGCUGCGCACCAGGAGGAUGGUGCGCGCCAAGGGCAAGCUGGCGACAGUGACCCAGGUCGUCACCAGCUCGGGCGAGCGCGCGCACGUGGGCGCGGAGAGCGUGAACCACUCCUUGGCGAAGCGGCGGCCGGGCGCGCGGCUGCUGGCGCACUUCGGCGGCACCCACUCGGCGGAGCGGCGCGCGCUGCUCGUCUACAGGAGCUCGCUGCUGCCGCCGCACGCGCCGCUGCUCUUCUCCAAGGGGCCGGUGGCCGCUCAGGAGAGCGACGAGGACGAUACGACUCUGUUGAUCCUGCCGCGACAUAGGCUACAAAUUCACGUGCCUAGAAGCCAAGCGGGUAGUAUUCUGAAGGCGCGCGAAAUGCUGUGGAGGACUUUCAGUUCUACGUUGAAAGGGACU